AUGAACCCCGGAGAGUUUCAUAAAACCUACAGCCUAGGAAUUCACCAGUACAAGGUUAAAAAUGAACCCACGAUCCGGCCAUUGACUGGCAUGUGGACAAUUAAACCAAUUGGACGCCUGGGUAAUUUAAUGGGGCAGUAUGCAACACUCUUCGCCCUGGCAAAGCUGAAUGGACGCCAAGCCUAUAUCCAGCAUGCAAUGCACAGACAGCUUUCCAAUAUCUUUAAACUGACUUUGCCUGUGAUUGAUGAGCAAGUGGUUGAACAUACUGCUUGGAAAAACCUACCUCUGCAUGAUUGGAUGUCUCCAGAGUAUAGAGACCUCAAAGAAGACUAUGCUAUGAUUACUGGUUACCCAUGUUCCUGGACAUUCUAUAACCAUGUGAAGUCUGAAAUUCUUCACGAGUUCACGUUUCAUGAUUAUAUUAAACAGGAGGCAAGUGACUAUCUAUCUAGGUUGCAGGAAGGUCGCAGAGACGUCACGUUUGUUGGCGUUCAUGUACGCAGAGGAGACUAUCUGACCAUUAUGCCCAAUGUAUGGAAAGGGGUGGUUGCUGACAGAGGGUACUUGCAAACAGCUAUGAGCUUUUUCAGAGACAAGUAUAAAAACCCUCUAUUUAUAGUAACUAGUAAUGGCAUGGAUUGGUGUAAGGAAAAUAUUAAUAAUUCUCUGGGUGAUGUUCAUUUUGUUGAGCAGGGCCAAGAAGAUUCCCCUGCCAAGGACUUUGCCCUCCUGGCACAUUGUAACCACACCAUUAUGACUAUAGGGACAUUUGGAUACUGGGCUGGAUAUUUGGUGGGUGGUGAAACUUUCUACCUUGCAAACUUCACUUUGCCGGAUUCUGAUUUUCUUAAAAUUUUCAAAUAUGAAACUGCUUACCUGCCCGAGUGGAUUGGGAUUCCAGCAGAUCUUUCUCCUCUGUUAAAUAAUAACACUGUGAUGGUUGGAAAUGUGGAAGAAACAUGA